AAGAGUUGGACCACUUUUCUCCAUCCUAGCGAUGAUGGCGACCCAACACCCAUGAUCAAGCAGAAAAAGAAGAGGAAGAAAGAAAGAAAGAAAGAAAGCGAGGCCCUUUUCAGCUCGAAAUGAGUUCGGAUUUCAAUUAAUUCGACUUCUGUUGUUAAUAAUAUGACUGGAUCUUUCACUUUGUAUUGGCUCGGGUAUAAGGUGUAAGUGCCUCCAUCCAUCCGUCCAUCCAGCGCAGUGGAGGGGACGGGCCGAGCCGAUGGCUGCUGGGGGCGGAGGAGGAGGAUGCGGGGAGUCAGUGGAGCGGCUGAAGCGCGAGCUCGCGGAGGCGAACCGGGAGAAGGUCCGGGCGGCGGAGUGCGGGCUGGCGGUGCUGGAGGAGAACCAGAGCCUCAAACAGCAGUAUGCGGAGCUCGAGGCCGAGCAGGAGACCCUCAGACAGGAGCUGGAGCAGCUGCAGGAGGCUUUCAGCCAGGUGUACACCACCCAAAAGAAGGUGGCUGAAGAUGGGGAGAGCAACGAGGAGACGCUGCUCCAGGAGUCAGCCACUAAGGAAGCGUACUACAUGGGACGCCUGUUGGAGCAGCAGGCCGAGCUGAAAAGCAGCAGAUCGCAGGCCUCCUGCACGCAGGCCGAGAACGAGAGACUCAGCACCAUCCUACUGGAGCUGAGAGAGAGUAAUGAGAUGUUGGAGUUGCAGAGAAGCCGGAUGAGAGAGGAGAUCAAGGAGUAUAAAUUCAGAGAGGCCAGAUUACUGCAAGACUACACCGAAUUGGAGGAGGAGAACAUCUCGCUUCAGAAACUGGUGUCCACGCUCAAGCAGAACCAGGUGGAGUAUGAAGGUUUGAAGCAUGAAAUCAAAGUACUGAAGGAGGAAACAGCCUUGCUUAACAGCCAAUUAGAAGACGCACUGUGCCUGAAGGACAUCUCCGAGAGCCAGUUGGAAGAAGCUUUGGAUUCUCUGAAAAGCGUGCGAGAACAGAAGUACGCUCUGCGCAAGGAAUUAGCACAUCAUCUAACCGUGUGUGACGGGGGUUUCAGCUCAGGCUGUGCCCAUCUGAUCGCCCUGACCUCAGCGCCACCUAGUGGCAGUGCCACCCCGACAGCCGCCACAUCGCCCAGCAGCGAGGACGGGGGCAAGUGCAACGGGCAUCUGCUUCAGGGUGCGGCGGGUUCAGCCUUGAGCCGACUAAAUGGAGACUUCAGGCCAACGGGUUUGAGAAAGACUGAAAUUUUGACCCCUGAUCUCUUCAGUGAGCUCAAUGGCCCUGAAAUCUUGAAGCUAAGACAACAACUUCAGCAGGUGGAACUUGAAAAAGCGUCUUUGCUCAACAGCUUGCAGGAAUCACAGGCUUUGCUCCGUCACACACAGGGGGCGCUGACCGAGCAGCACGAGAAGGCCAGCCGCUUGGGCGAGCGAUUCCGGAAACUCUGUCGCAAGCACAGCAGUAAGGAAAACAAGGAGGAAGAGGAAGACGAAGAAGAGGAGACAACAUGCAUCCCUGGCGUCCAGGAAGGGCCGAGUCUGGAAUUGCUGCAAUGUAAAUACAGGGUGGCUGUGACGGAGGUGGUAGGGCUGAAGGCGGAGCUUAAGGAGGUGAAGGAUAGAUAUAAUGAGAGCGUGGAGGCAAGAGCGCGGGCGGAAGAGCGGGGCAAGGUACAGCUGCGAGAGCUGGAGACACAAGUGGCACAGCUGGAGCGCAGAUGCAGGGAAAGCCGGGAGAAGGCGGUGAAUCUGGAACGCGAGCUGCGGGCCGCCAAUAACACAGGCUUGGAGACGCAGGGAAUCCUGGGAACCGCCCAAGAAGAGCUAGCGACAUUCAGUGAGGAGUUAGCGCAACUUUACCACCACGUCUGCCUGUGCAAUAAUGAGACACCCAACCGUGUUAUGCUGGACUAUUACCGGCAGGGCCGGACCCCGACGCGCAUUUCCACCCCUGGCCACAAGGGGCAGGACGAUCACCGUGUGCUGUUGACCCCGCGCCUCGCACGCCGUUUAGCAGCGAUUAACGCCGCAACAUCCACCGAGUCUCGUAGCCCGUCGGACUCACCAUCCAAAGAACCUCUCAAUGCUGAGCAGAGCCCGGUCCGUACGCCACUGGGUUCCCCUGUGGUUAGUGCCUCUUCCUCAUCUUCAUCGUCAUCCCCAGCACCAGAGUCGGUCACCGGAUCCGACCUCCGGCGUGAACCCACCAACAUCCACCACCUCAACGCCAUCAUCCGUGACCAGAUCAAGCACUUGCAGAAGGCGGUGGACCGCUCGCUCCAGCUGUCCCGCCAGAGAGCGGCUGCCAAUGAACUCGCCCCGCUGAUGGACAAGGACAAGGAGGCCUGUUUGGAGGAGAUUCUCAAGCUCAAGUCCCUCCUGAGCACAAAGAGGGAGCAGAUUGCAACCUUGCGCAUUGUGCUCAAAGCCAACAAGCAGACGGCUGAGGUGGCUCUGGCCAAUCUGAAGAGUAAAUACGAAAAUGAGAAGACGAUGGUGACGGAGACCAUGAUGAAGCUGAGGAAUGAGCUAAAGGCCUUGAAAGAAGAUGCGGCCACCUUCUCUUCCCUCAGAGCCAUGUUCGCCACACGGUGUGAUGAGUAUGUGUCUCAGCUGGACGAGAUGCAGAGACAACUCGCGGCGGCGGAGGACGAGAAAAAGACGCUGAACUCUCUCCUCCGCAUGGCCAUCCAGCAAAAACUUGCCCUCACGCAGAAGCUGGAAGACCUGGAGUUCGACCAAGAGCAGUCGCACCGGCCCCGUGUGGGAAAAAUGUCCCGGCUGCGGAGCAGUACGCCCAAAGUAAGUGGAUCUCCAGUCCCGCCCCUUCCCGACACCCCUUUGACAAUUACCGAGGUCCUUACUGCAGCAGCCGCUAUCACCUCGCCCACCACAAACACCUUUACAGCCACCCACCUGUCCGCACCAAAUAGCCCGCCCUCCCUGGAGGCCCCUUCAUCUCCCGCAUCGUCCGCCUGGACGCCCCCAAACAUGCCGUACCGCCAUUGGACGAUGGCCGUUCAAGCAUAUGUCGUCGAACCGCACACUUACACCAACCUACCCACUCAUACCUCCAUCCUGGCCCGUCGCUAUGCAAGUCAGUCGCACUAUUCCCCAGGCUCCGCCCCUUCCUCAUCCUACCGCUCGCCCCUAUUGGCCAGUCGCCGCUCCAUGUGGAGCUCGUCCCAAUCCCGCCCCCAUCCCAGCCACUUCCAGCAUUCUACGUCCCGCUACACGCCCCCAUCGUCCACUUACAGUCCUCUGUAUCCCAGAAACUACGGCUCCCAGCAUCCCCGCUACUGACGGGUGCCACAGAGAGGAGGACACACACUGGUUUCUGUGUUUGGGGGAGUGAUUUCAUUUUUUAACUCAGGGAUUUAAUGGAGCAAAAGUGGCCUGGCCUUCUUCAUAAGAGACCGUUGAUCAGUUCUCAGGACACUGUGUUCUCUGUCCCGAGCUGAGUGCACAUGGACUGUUCAAGUACACCAAUGAGGGACUUUAAAACAGAUUACGCUUUCGCUUUUGUUGUGGGUUGUUAGCGUUAGUGAAUGUGUGAUUGUCACUUGAUUUGAACACUGAGAGUCAAUGGUUGAUUUAUAACAACGAGAUUUUAUAUGCAGUAUCAGUCUCUGAGAUGGCUAUGUUUGGAAUAGAAUACUAGUAUACCGCAUCUAGUCUAGUGCACACUGUCUACUGUUUUCAAAUAAUACUGAAAAAUUACUUUGCUGACAGUUUACUCACCCUCAGGCCAUCCGGGAAGUCUUCAUCAAAACCAAUUUGGAGAAAUGUAGCAUUGCAUCACUUGCUCAGCAAAUAGCGGAUAAAAACAUCACAAUAGGCCACAAGUAAUACACACUACUCCACUCAGCUAAAUGCUGCAUGUUUGUAAAAAACAAAUCCAUCAUUAAGGCAUUUUAACUCUAAACUGUCACUUCUGGCCAAAAUACGAGUCCACAAUCAAUAAUAACAUAUCAAAUGUUCAUUUUUGGGUGAACUAUUCCUUAAAAAAAAGAAAAGUUGGAAAAUGUAGUAGGACAUCUGCAUUUCUUUGAGUUACUGUACAUACUGGGUACAGUAUGCAUACUGCAGUAUGCUGUUCCAAACAAAGCUAUCCAGUGGAUACACCCUAUAAAGUGGCCCAGCCCAUGUAAUGGUGAAUGUGCAAAAAUUAUUGAGUCACGUUUAUAAAAAUAAAGGAGACACUUUUAGUUUUUGGUAAAGAUUGGGUCAUAUGUGAUCUCAUUAAAUUGUCAGUGCUACAGGAACACGAUAGUGACACUGCAUUGAAUGUAUGUCAAUGACGAAGUGAUGCAUCUAGAUGAUUAAAUUCUCAGGGAAUAUCAUUCAUUUUCAGCUGUCUAAAGGAGGGCAAUAACAUUGCAACACAGCACAUAUGAUCUGCAGCAGUGAUUUACAGUAUAACAGAUGCAGUUCCCGUGUUCUUGUCUAGUCAGUGUUCUUCCGUUUGUUGUCAUUUUAUCAGUUGCAUUGAUGUUUUUGUUGUUGGUUUCCCCCCCCUACACAUUCACAUUUUGGCAAAACAGCAUACUACAAAACUCACAGCCAGAUAACAUGCUGCCAAAUGGCGCAGGAAGUGUCAAAACGCACUUAGAGAAGGACGUGCAUGUGCCCAAAAAUCUGUUAAACGUCUUUUCUGUCCAAAUGUUGCUGUAUUUCAUGAAAGGUGCCUGUGUUCUCCCAUUAAACGUCUUGUGUGCUGCACCAUAGACACUGAAUGGGCCACACACUGGCCUUUUAGAGCUAUAUCUGACCCACACCAUACAACACAUCACACAGUGCUUGAAGCAUUUGACAGGUAUCAAACCCUCAACCCAAGCGUGCCAUGAUUUCCCUGCAUGCCAUUUUUUUUAACUGUUGGUUUUCACUAAAUACAAUUUCACAUUUUUAUUUUGAAAUAAAUGGUUUAUUCUGCAAUUGCUGCAAUUUUUCCAAAAAACAAAAACAUUUUUUUUUAUUUUUUAUAAUAAAAUAACAAUUUAUUACAUUGUACUAUUGGAUUUGUUUCUUAAGUUUCAGUCAAUCAUGAGUAAAAAAAAAAAACCCUGUAUUGAUUCUAAUGGAAACAUCACCGCUAUUGCAGAAAGACUGAAAUCUGCUCCCAGUUCAGUGUUUAAUUCAUUAUUGCUCACACAGGCCUCAGUACUGCAUGAAAUCGGGUGUAAAUUUUAGUUUUGCACUCUGUUUGUGACUAGAUCUAAUAUUACAACUGUAAGUAGGUGACAAUCUUUAUAAGGAGUUAUAAAGAAUAUCUUUUCUCUAUUCUUGCUUAUAUUUUAUGAGGCAUUUUGUGCUGUUUCAUGCUGGUUUUGCUGCAUUGAAGUCAAAUCUGGGACUGAUAAACUGGUGAAACUGAUGAUUGUUUUGGUUCAUAAAGAGGGCUUUAUGUAAUCAUCUUGGAUCACAUGAGGCAGUUUUAAGAGUGUUGUUCUCAAAUCAGGACAGAAACCAUGUGAGACCUCCUCUCUGUUGCACCUGAGGCCUGAUGCACACAAACAAACAAACAAACAUGUUUGCACAUGAUGACAUCACCGCUCCAAAAUCUAAAAACCCAAUGUCUUGUCACCUCAAUCAGACCGACGUCCAAUUUGAGGGAACCUGUCAAAUGCUUCCUGCUCCCCGCAUGACUUUCUCUUUGAUUUUCUCUCAUUCAUGACGUUAACGACGUUUCACGCUCUGCACUAGCUGGAGUCAUUGAUGAAUGUGUUUUCUACUGUGUGUUACUGUAAACAGACACUUUGUACAAAUGCAAAACACUGACGGCAGACUGUUAUUCAUGUCCCUGUCUGCUGUCACAUGCAUGUGUACAGUACACGGCCUACAGAAAACAGUGUAUAUGUCUGUUGUGAACUGGAACGUGAUGUUGUAUAUUCUUCAUAUAUACUGUAAAUAACAGGUAUAAAUGCAUUGACUGCGUCUGCGUCCUCAUUAUAUCAGGACUGUUUUUA